GGAGAAAGUAAAUUAAAAGGCAAGAGUAGAAUGGGCCAUCACUGCUGCAGCAAACAGAAAGUUAAGAGAGGCCUUUGGUCUCCAGAAGAAGAUGAAAAACUCAUUAAGCACAUCACCACCCAUGGCCAUUCCUGCUGGAGUUCUGUCCCUAAACUAGCUGGAUUACAGAGGUGUGGAAAAAGUUGCAGGCUGAGGUGGAUAAAUUACUUAAGGCCAGAUCUGAAAAGGGGUUGUUUUAGUGAACAGGAAGAAAGGAUCAUAAUUGAUGUACACAGAAUCUUGGGAAACAAAUGGGCACAAAUAGCCAAACAUUUACCUGGCAGGACUGAUAAUGAAGUGAAGAAUUUCUGGAAUUCUUGCAUAAAAAAGAAGCUUAUUUCUCAAGGUUUUGAUCCAAACACCCACAAUCUCCUCUCUCGCGCUGCUGCUGCUGCUACUCCUCCUCAUCGAAACAACAAGAAAAAAACCAACAAUAAUCAUACCACAUCAUCAGUUUUCACUAUUGAAACGAGUUUAUCGCCAUCAUCAACCAAAGAAUUAGUUUCAAUGGACAUGAUCAAAGCAAGUCUUGCAGCAUUGUCACCUUUUCCUCACACUAAUAGUAGUACUACAGUAUUAACUAUGCCUCAGUUCCAAACAAGUUGGAGUCACUUAUAUGAAUCUGCUUGCAAUUAUUAUAAUCAUGUUCCCAUCAAGACGAAUAUUGUUUACCAAAACCACAGUACUUCAACAGGGACGUUUGGAAUUAUUAAUGAGAAUUGUAUGUGGGGUGUUACUGGAUUCGAACCACAUCAUGAAUUUGGUCCCUCCAACAAUAUUGGACAUGAAGAAAUGCAACAAGGAGCACAAGUUCAGCUUCAGGAAGAAAAUUGUCUGGAGGAAGUGUACAAGGUUAAUGAUCUUCAUGAGUUCAACAAGCAUGGACGAAUCGCGGAGAAUGUAACAUUCGAUGACAGCUCUGACUUUGAUUUUGAGUUUGUGGAUUCUGAAUUGAUACCUUGUGGAAUUUACACUAACGUAAAUUCCAUAGAUCAACUUGCAUGGGAUUGUUAAUUGAAGUAGUAGUUAACUUCUACAAA